GGGUGUCCGGGAGCCGCUAUUGAAAUGCGGGAGACUACCUGAACUUCCGGGAGACUUGGGAAGUCUGUAUUAGGGACCACGAAGGCCUAUAUAAAAACAUCCAAAAACCGCAUGUCAUGGGACCUUUAAUUAUUUUUGUUACUUUUUUUAAUGAUUUUUUUACAAUUCAAAUUUGGCUGGGUGGUUAGGAACACAUGUUUCUGUUGUGGAACAAACUCAGAACACAUAUUUUCUAGUCACUUGCAGGGACUUUAAGCCGAGGAGUGAGGGUUGGGGGCUUGUGUUACACUAAAUUCCAAAACUUUGUUUGGAAUGGUCUUCCGUUCUUGCACUGCCUCUCCGGCAUUUAGUGAUGUUAGCCAUAUGAAGCGCGAUUAUAAACAUUAGUCAGAUAUUUUACUGUACUUGGGGGCACACCAAAGGGAACGGAAAACGAAUCAUAGUACGGACGGGGCCAUUUUUUUUUUACAUUGACAGCUAGGCUACAUUGUGCGAUAAACUAGCUUAGUGCUACAACUAGCCAGCAGUACAACCUAGCUAGCUGAGCGACACUGUUAUGCCUCCAUUGUUGUCUUGCAGACGAUAUCGAAAUUCAUUAAUUAGAUCGCCAUAAUGUUCUAAGGUUGACACAAAACAACUAAUUGUGGCCUGACAUGAUUUGAAGAUUGAAAAGUGACGACUCGUGGUGUGCAGUUAGAGUUGGCACAACAUUGUAGCUAACACCCAUGGCCAAGUGGCUGAAGGACUACCUAAACUUUGGUAGCAGGCGUGACCCCCCUCUGCCCCCCAGGCCAGACUACACGGAAAGUGAGAUCCAGCGGGCCUACAGAGCCCAGAAAGACCUAGACUUCGAAGACCCUUACCAGACCUCUGAGAAGGAGCCCCUUAAUGGCACCUGCAGUGGGACAUUGAGCCUGCCGGCUUUCCCAGCAUUUGGUUCCAUCUUGUCCAACGGCGUGGCGGUGAAGGUGGUGUCACCCAAACAUAGACUCAUCAAAGUGGACUCCCAGGAGUUUGGGCGCUGUAAAAUCCCCCUGAGCACUGUCACCAUCGAGGUGGAACCGGUCAUCCCUUCUGCCCCUGCGGUAGGAGACUCAGACACAGACUACUCUAACCCGUUUGACGCCCGUCCUGACCCGAGGGUGAGAGGAGACUGGGAGCCCAGACCCACUCAAGCAGACUGCAGCAGCUACAUGGAGCCUUUUGAAGCGCAGAGGGUCAUCACAGACCUCCAGCAUGACCCUAUGAGCACCAUGCCCAUGAUAGGGAAUGGGGAUCAGCUGUAUGACAACCCCUAUGAGGAAAGGACCUGCUACUACCACCAGGGAGCACCGCUGCCCCAGCAAGGGUCGGAGGGGCGGCUAGCCCCUGGUGAUGAACGGGAGAGCAGGCUGCCUCAGGAUGAUGAAAGGCCUGCAGAUGAGUAUGACCUGCCCUGGGAGUGGAAGAAGGACAACAUCUCUAAAGCCCUUGCAGUGCAGUUUGAAGGGUCUGACCGAUCACGUGGCCAGCCAGAGCAGGCUUGGCACUUCAGGACUAGCCCCACUGACACAGCGGGCACCUCCAGCCUUCGUAAACCAGGAGAUUCCCUCCCUAUCCUGGGAGAGAGAGUGGACCCAUCCUUGUCCCUGGAAAGACAAGUGUGGUACCAUGGGGCUGUGAGUCGUUCAGAAGCAGAGAUGCUGCUCACACUGUGUAAGGAGAGCUCCUACCUCGUCAGGAACAGCCAGACUUGCCGCAGCAACUACUCUCUUUCCCUCAGGAGCUGUAAGGGCUUCAUGCAUAUGAAGUUCACUCAGUUUGCAGAUGGCCGUUUUGUCCUUGGGGAGAAUAGCCCACCAUUCUCUACAAUACCAGAGGUCAUUCACUACUACACCACCCACAAACUGCCCAUUAGAGGCGCAGAACACCUGUCUCUGCUCUACCCUGUCAUAGUUCAAACUCUCUGACACAGGCACACAUACACUUCUUCUACUAAAUAACACAAUGGCUCUCAUUUAUGAAACAACGUACGACAGAAAACAGAUCGUUCGGUCAUUCCAUCAAGGCAAAGCUCGGCAUUUAUCGAUUUGGAUGUGAGAGAAGGCUACGCAAACCUCACGUCAAGUUUCAACUCCUGCAUGCAAGUUUUCAGCAUAUAUUUGUGGUGCAGCAUAGUAAUCAGGCUGAGUUGGAGGAUUAUUUGACCAAAUAUUCUGACUAGCAUCUAAGCAUAGGCAGCAAUCUCUCGGACCUUUUUGCCAUAACCUACAUAUUUGUAUUUAAUAAAGGCCUGCGUCACCUAACGUUAAUAGGAAUGUACUCAUUUGUUUGCAAUUAAUUAUUUAUCUUUUUACUGAGAGUGAUUGGUUCAAUGGACUUUAGAAGAGUUUCCAUUUUGAAGUCUGAGAAAUUUCUCUUCAUGGAUGCAUUCUAGAUCUCCAUAUCGUAAACCCUGGAGGUUAGGUCUCUAAACCGAACGAAUAAAGGGGUGUGAUAUUUAAAUUAAGAUUGUUUUCAGCCGCCACAAUGCUCCUAUCAUUCUUAUUUACGCCGAGAUACGAACGUUUCAUGAGUCAUAUGUGAACCCUGCCGUGGGAUGAUUUAUAUUCACAAAUCUACACUGGUUUCUACAUUAGAAUUACAUGAGGACCAAUGAAUCCCUGACUGUUGCCCUUGCUGUCCUGGCAGACACUCUAUGCCAGUCUGUUUGAGAACAGCCCACCUUGAUCAAUCCCAACCGUAUCUAUCCAUGUUUAUGGACUAACAUUGUUACUUUUUGACGUAUGUUUUUAUUUCAAUGGACCCUAAGGAUAAUGGACACUAUAAGCUCCAGCACUCAGUGCCACAAAACUAGCAACACUAACCCAAGAUCAUACAGUUUGAAUGUGACUGAUUUACCUGAUGGUAUUAUUGUAUACUGUUGUUUGGAAAUAGUGCCCCACCCCAUGUUAACCUGUUUACUUGUUGUCCAUUGACUUCUUCCUUACCCCACAGUGGAGGUCUGUGAAUGUCUGUGCCAUAAAUACAGUGUGUAGUGUUCUCUACCAAGGAAGUCACAGGUUCCCCCCUUGCACCAAAGUGAACCGGAAGCUAGUUCGGAGCUGGUGCUAGAACAGAGCUUUCUAAGAACCGGUUUGCUUUUCCACGGGCUAUAGAGCCACCACAGAGCCACGUCAUUACGUCACUGUAUACGUCUCAUCUUUCCCAGUAACGUUAGCGCGGCAGUGCCAAACACAAAGUAGAGCCCGUUUAAGGGUGUUUAUCAAUCCGAAGAACGCUAAGAACGCGAGGUUGAGAUGCGUGUUUUCCUGGGUUUUGCGCAAUACCCUGGACUCGCUAUGAUAACGCAGGCAUUAUCAGCGCAACAUAUUAUAAAUGUUUGCUGUAUAGUGCGUGUGUAUUACAUUUGUGUUGAAUAUAGGCUCAAUAGCUCGUAACAUUUGUUUGUCAUUUCACUCAUUUGAUAGGAUUAUGAUAAAACGCAGCAACUAGUGUCUGCACUGCACUGCGAU